GGAGUGAUUCAUCUUGACUGCAGAAGAUCUUUGAUCCAUCACAACUGUCCCGGCGGUGUUCCCGGAUCAUGCAGCGGUGUUUGGCGACUUCUCCCCGCAGUUUAACUGCUUUCCCGGCGUCUAUUCAUGAUAUAUGUCAUAACCCAUGACAAGACAACACCAUGGAUUUACAGCUUGUAUUUUAAAGGAUUUAUACUGUGUUUUCACCGAUUUAUGGACCGUUACGAUGGGAUGUGCUGUACACUGUUAGCUAACGCGACUAGCUACCUAGCUUAACCGGCGAACUUGUCAACACCGUAAAUACUAAUGGAGGACGGUGAAGCCUCCACGGAGGUCCAGACGGUUUCUGCCGGUGUUCUUCCGAAAGCACCAAACACAGAUCUGAAGAAACUUUUGUUUUUUAAAGUUUACAAGAGGAGGUGGUUUGUUCUGCUCGUGCUGUGUCUGUUAAACUGCUCUAACGCAACGAUAUGGCUGACCUUUGCCCCAGUAGCGGACCAGUCUGCCCAGUUUCUGAAGGUCACUUUGGGGGAAAUCAACUGGUUGUCCCUGGUCUACAUGGUGGUGGCCAUACCGCUCAGCUUUGGGACCACAUGGAUGCUGGACACCUGCGGGCUACGGAUCACGCUGAUUCUGGGAGCCUGGCUGAACGCGUUCGGAGCGCUGCUGCGCUUCUUCGGGACGUUCACGGGCCCGGGUCCUUCCAGCCCGUACCCUAUAGUGAUGUUGGGUCAGACCCUUGGUGCUCUGGCUCAGCCCCUCAUCAUUUUCACCCCCACCAAGCUGGCAGCUCUCUGGUUCCCUGACCACCAGCGUGCCACAGCGAACAUGAUCGCCUCUAUGUCCAAUCCCCUGGGCAUCCUGCUCGCUAGCAUCCUGUCUCCCAUGAUGGCUAAAACAUCGGCAGAUAUCCCACAACUG